AGGGCAGGAGGGCGGCGGGGCGGACGGGCUCCUUCCCCGCCAGAGCGAGGGCAGCCGCGGCUCGCAGCAGCAGCAGGGGAAGGGGCAAGAUUGGAGAAAUGCUAAAAUGGAGAAGAAAAUAGAAGCACUUCAGGAACAAAUGAUGACUAGAUCCGUCCCCUGCAACGUGGAGCUUCAAGAAUUAAUGCAUCAGAUUGAUAUCAUGGUAAACAACAAGAAACGAGAAUGGGAAAAGAAAUUGCAGGCUUUAGAAGCACGAAUGACUGUCCGGGAUCAAGAAUUGGCAAGUGCCCAAAGCAGGUUGGACCAGAAAGGUCUAGAGGUUGGGCUGCUGAGGCAGAAACUGGACAGUUUGCAAAAGACAAAAUACGAGAUGGCUGAGAACUAUGACACGCAGCUUCAAGCCCUGAAGAAUCAAUUUGCCAAGCUGACACAAAGCUACGAGAAGCUACAGCUGCACCAAUUAAAACAAAAAAAAGCUCACAGCUUGGAGAAAUGUACAGAAAAUCAAGAACCCCCAUUUCAGCUGAGCAGUUUGAACCAGAAAUUGGAGGAAUUUAGAGCAAAAUCAAGAGAGUGGGAUAAACAAGAAACGCUGUAUCAGAACCACCUCGUUUCAUUAGAUGCUCAGCGGAAACUGUUGUCUGAGAAAUGCAAUCUGUUUCAGAAGCAAGCGCAGCACUGUCAAAUCCAGACACGCCGCCAGGAGCUAAGCCAAGACGAUGUGGGUACCUGCAGCCAGUGCCAAACCGAGCACCCCGGCGUUCGGCGUGACGUCCUCGCGGAACCCGCCGAAAGGAACGAGCUCUUUAUGGAAAAACUGAAGUCGACCGUGAGCGAAAUAGUGGUCGGCAGGAACAGGCUGCAGGAGGAGAACCUAAAGCUCCAGCAGGAAGUGAAAAUGUACCAAAGGAAGUGCCAGAAUAUUGAAGCAAGGCUUGCCCAAGUGACGAAUGAACUGAAGUCACGCGAGGAUCUCUUGAGUAUGGUAGAGCUGGAGUGCCAGCAGCUGCGCAACGAAGUCACCACAAUGGAAGAGUAUAAAAAUAACAAAGAAAACCGUGUGAAACUUCAGUCAGCUUAUGCACAAUGCAUCAAGGACUUGGAAAUAAAAAAAGCUCAGAUACUUGCCUUGGAACAACAGCAGGAAAAUCAGCAGAAAGAGCUGAACCAGAUAAGGGACCGCCUUUAUCAGGAAGAACAGUCCCAUCGCUCUGAGGUGGAAAGAAUGAGGACGGAAAUCUCUGACCUGACAGAAGAGCUUCAUCAGAAGGAGAUCACUAUAGCAACUAUCAUGGAGAAAGCUGCUCUACUGGAAAGGCAGUUACAAACGGAGUUAGAGAUAAAAGAGAAAAUGUUAGGGAAACAACAGAUGAUAGAUUUGUCCAAGAAAGAACACACGGCCUAUUCCGAUUCCAUUGAUAAGCUGGAGCACGAGAGGGGAGUGUCACGCAAUGACCUUGCAAAAUUGUCAAAGGGCAAAGAAAUGCCGCUGCGAGUGAACCCCAUUAUGUACUUGGGAAGAAAUUGUGCCAAGCAGACGGCAGUAAAAGUGGAAGAGAAAGAAGAGAGACCUGCGCAGAACGAAAGCGAAUGGGCACCGCAACCUGCAGCUUACGAAAAAUUUGGACACUACAGGACGCAGAUUCCUGCCUGGCAUGGCCAAGGCGACAUUGUCAGCAGAACUCGAGAACCCACUGCAGAUGGCCGGUCUCCAUCACCCCAAGAGGCGUAUUCAGCACAUUACAGCAGCUGCCUCCCUGAAAAGAAUAAGUCUGAGACGUUACUGAGCCAAAUCUAUGUUUCAGAUGAAAUCCGGAUGGCUUCCCCAGAGACUCUGUUUCCUGCAACGGUGACAGAGAAGUUCCUACAAGAGGAAGAGAAGCGAGCGAGAGAUUUUGAGCAGGUUUUAAACUCUCACAUUGAAGAGCUGCAAAGGCAGUCGGAGAACACCAUCAAGAAGUACACCGCUUUCAAGCAAAGCAGGCACAGAUGAGCCUGUAAAAAAAAAAAGUCUAAAAUGUAGUGACAAUCCCAGAAUAAAUAAUCAGCUGCUGCUUUAAAAAGGGGGAAAGGGGGAAAAGAAUUGCCUUUAUGCAAAGAAGCGUUUGUAAUGUGAGAUUUUGUAUAUACUUCGACUGUGGAUUUCAUUUCAACAUGAAUUUGGAAUAUUGUGUAUUGCAGAGUGUAUGAGAUCUAAAAAAAGAAAAAGAAACCCGGAAAUUAAAUAUGAAAACUUUUUAACCUUUAAAUGCAUACCAG